UUUUUGUUUGACUCGUGUGUCAGGGCAGGGAGAAAAUCGAGAAAAUAUUUUUGCUUUGAUUUUUUGCCUGUAACGAGAGAUCGUUGAGUUCAUCCUGAGAAGAGCUGCAAAUUUGCCAAAAAUCGUCAUAAUGGUUUAAGAAAUAAAUAUUAAUAUUGUCACGUCUAAACGCCUGCCGCAAUAAUGGGAGGCCCGAAGAAAUUCAAAAGAGACUUUGGGGACAAUCGUAAACAGAAAAAGAGAAGAAAGGAAGAUGAAGGUGAAUACAAUCCUGACGAAGAUGGGGAAGGUGGCGAACUGGAAAUGGUGCCAGGGUGCGCCACAAGAAAUGCUGAAAAGGCCGAUGAAAAAGCCAAUGAAGAUGAGUUUGGGGCCAAAGACUAUCGUCCACAAAUGGAAUUGAAACCAGACCACGCUUCUCGACCACUAUGGGUUGCUCCGAACGGUCACAUUUUUUUGGAAUCAUUCUCGCCUGUCUACAAACACGCUCACGACUUCUUGAUUGCAAUUUCGGAACCUGUAUGCAGACCUGAGCACAUCCAUGAAUACAAACUGACACCUUAUUCACUCUAUGCAGCAGUUUCUGUCGGCCUUCAAACUCACGACAUUAUUGAAUAUCUGAAAAGAUUGAGCAAAACUACUAUUCCAGAAGGAAUCAUGGACUUUAUUAAAAUGUGCACACUUUCUUAUGGAAAGGUAAAAUUGGUAUUGAAGCAUAACAAAUACUUCGUAGAGUCCCAGUUUCCUGAUGUGCUUCAAAAGCUUCUGAAAGAUCCUGUAAUUCAAGAAUGUCGUCUCCGACAGAAGGAAGAGGAGGUUGCAAAGGUAGAAGGUGCUACGGUUAUUGAAGAUGGACUGAUUUCUCAGACGCAUGCCAAGCAGAGUGUAACGCAGUUUGGCAGCAAAUCUGCUCCGACAGAAACAGAUGGAGCUGCUACAGAGGGCACUGAGGAGAAUCCUGUUGCCGUCCCUGAAGACAUCACCAAUUUCUAUGAAAAAAUGGACAAGGAAGAUGACGAUGAUGAACAAGAGGCUGUUUUGAAGACUGUGUCAUUCGAAGUGAACCAAGAAAAAAUUGAAGUCAUUCAGAAAAGAUGUAUCGAACUUGAUCAUCCUCUGCUUGCUGAAUACGAUUUCAGAAAUGACACAGUGAAUCCUGACAUUAACAUUGAUCUGAAGCCCUCGGCAGUGCUCAGACCCUACCAAGAAAAGUCCCUGAGGAAAAUGUUUGGAAACGGAAGGGCUAGGUCAGGGGUCAUUGUACUUCCUUGCGGUGCCGGCAAGAGUUUGGUUGGGGUGACUGCCUGCUGCACUGUCAGGAAAAGGGCUCUUGUACUCUGCAAUUCUAGCGUCUCCGUUGAACAAUGGAAGCAGCAGUUCAAAAUGUGGUCAACUGCAGAUGACAGCAUGAUCUGCAGGUUCACAUCCGACGCCAAAGACAAGCCGAUGGGCAGUGGGGUUCUGAUCACCACGUACUCCAUGAUCACCCACACUCAACGACGUUCUUGGGAGGCAGAACAGACCAUGAAGUGGCUCCAAGAUCAGGAGUGGGGUAUUAUGGUCCUUGAUGAGGUGCACACUAUUCCAGCCAAGAUGUUUAGGCGUGUCUUAACCAUUGUCCAAUCUCACUGCAAACUGGGUCUGACCGCCACCCUAUUGAGAGAAGACGACAAAAUUGCCGACUUAAACUUCUUGAUUGGUCCCAAACUAUAUGAGGCCAAUUGGUUGGAGUUGCAGAGGAGAGGAUUCAUUGCAAGAGUGCAAUGCGCUGAGGUCUGGUGCCCAAUGACACCAGAGUUCUUCCGAGAAUAUCUGGCUUGCAGGACAAUGAAGAAGCUGCUUUUGUAUGUGAUGAACCCGACCAAAUUCCAGAUGUGUCAGUUUUUGAUCAGGUACCACGAAAGACGGUGUGAUAAAAUUAUUGUCUUCUCAGACAAUGUGUUCGCUUUGAAGCAUUAUGCCAUUAAAAUGAACAAACCUUAUAUUUAUGGCCCAACUUCACAGAAUGAAAGAAUGCAAAUUCUGCAAAACUUCAAGUUCAACCCGAAAGUAAACACUAUCUUUGUAAGCAAAGUUGCUGACACUUCUUUUGAUCUUCCCGAUGCUAAUGUGCUUAUUCAAAUCUCAUCUCAUGGAGGCUCCAGACGUCAAGAGGCGCAACGAUUGGGCCGUAUCCUACGAGCCAAAAAAGGUGCAAUUGCUGAGGAAUACAACGCCUUUUUUUACACACUUGUAUCUCAAGACACCAUUGAAAUGGGAUAUUCAAGGAAAAGAUCUAGAUUUUUGGUGAACCAGGGAUACAGCUACAAGGUCAUCACCAAAUUGGCAGGAAUGGACGAUGAGCCAUUAAAUUACAAAACAAGGGAGGAACAAGGUCAACUUCUUCAGCAGGUCCUUGCUGCAAGCGACAUGGACGCCGAUGAAGAACGGAUGCCAGGCGAAGGCGGAAUGAAAGCUGGCCCAUCAGUCCACCGAAGGGUUGGAACGUUGUCGUCACUAUCAGGAGCCGACGAUGCCAUCUACACAGAAUACAAACGCUCCAACGUCAAACACCCUCUGUUUAAAAAAUUCCGUGGUUAAAUAGUACAUCAGAGUUGCUUCAAGUAAAAUAAUAAUAAUAUGUUUUCCAUUGCUAUAACUC